UCACUCUGUACUAUCCUCUUAUUCUAAUGGCACAGUCCAUGAGUUUUCUUAUCACACUGCUCUUCAUCUCCUCCACAACGGCUAUGGCAGCCUUCAACAUUGUAAACCUUGGUGCCAAACCCGACGGCCAGACCGACUCAGCCAGGCCAUUCCUCAGAGCAUGGGCUGCUGCAUGCCAAGCUAAUAAACCAGUGACGAUCUAUGUGCCGCAGGGCAGGUUCUUCCUCAGUCCAGUAGAAUUCCUUGGGCCGUGCAAAAACAAAGGGAUCAAGUUCUUAAUUCAUGGGACCAUCGUUGCACCUGCUGGUUACAGUUCAAGCAUGAACUGGUGGAUUAGGUUUAAGAAUGUCGAUGGUCUGUCGAUCUAUCAAGGGACGCUCGAUGGGCGAGGGCAGUCUCUCUGGGCCUGCAAGAUGGCCGGCCGCAGCUGCCCAUUUGGUGCCACAUCUUUAUCAUUCAGCCAAUCAAAGAAUGUGCUCAUCAGUGGCCUAACUUCGAUUAAUAGCAAAUUCUACCACUUAUCAAUCUUCGGCAGCAGCAAUGUGAAAAUCCAAGGCGUGAAGAUCACUGCCCCAGAUGCCAGCCCCAACACUGAUGGCAUCCACUUGCAGAUGUCCAGCGGCAUCACCAUCAAAGGGAGCACCAUAGGGACCGGCGACGACUGCAUCGCCAUGAAAGCUGGGAUGACCGAUGUCUGGAUCGAGAAAGUCCGAUGUGGCCCAGGACAUGGCAUCAGCAUUGGAAGCUUAGGAGAUGCGGCCAAUGAGGCUGGCGUGCAGAACAUAACAGUGAGGUCAGUGGUGUUCACUGGGACUCAGAAUGGAGUAAGGAUCAAGACAUGGGGAAAACCCAACAAGGGGUCUGUGAACGGUGUAACCUUCGCAAAUGCCAUCAUGCAGAACGUCCAGAAUCCGAUCAUCAUCGACCAGAACUACUGCCCCAGCAACCGGAACUGCCCAGGCCAGAGCUCAGGGGUCAAGAUCAGUAGGGUGUCAUACACCAACAUCCGGGGAUCGUCGGCGACACCAGUAGCAGUGAAAUUUGACUGCAGUCCGAGCAAUCCAUGCAGUGGGAUUGGUUUGAAGGACAUAAAACUCAGGUAUCAGAACAAGAGGGCGCAGGCCUUCUGUAAGAAUGUGAGGGGGACUGCUACCGGUUUUAUCGAUCCACCGAGCUGCUUCUGAUGCAUGGAUCCAUUGCUGGACUUGCUCUAGUGAUUAAUGGCAGAUGUUAUGGACUGCUUCCGGUUGGCUGGCUUGUUAGAGAGUAAGUUUGCCAGAUUCCGUGAGAAUAUGGGUCAAAACUUCUUUACUUGUUAUGGUAAGAAGUCCACAAUGUAUUGGUGGUCCAUGGCUUGUAACUUGUGAGCUCAGUU